AUGUCAACAAAUGAUACUUACACUGGUUUGGAUCAAAAGUUUCUCGAAGCAACAGAUGUCAGUGAAAUAUUGUUAAACCUUUUGACACCAGUAACCAGCCGUCAAAAUAUUCCCAUUAAUUUCAUUAUUGCUGUAGCUUUUGCUAUAACUGCGACCCUUAACAUUAUCAAUAUUGGCUUAAUUAUUGGAAUUUUCAGCAAGCUUAAAAAAAUCUCCAAAAAAUCCCUCAGUUGCGGUAAGGAUUUGGUUAAACAUAUGAUGCACUUGCUUUUUUCAAUGGAUCAAGCUGGCAGUAAAUUGUCUUCAUUGCUUUUACACAUUCUUCACGUUGUUACGGAAAUCGCUAUGAGACAAAAUCACCAAGCAACAGCUUUUAUUCAUCUCAUUGAAAUUGUCCGUCUUCUCACCGCUGAUUCACAUCGUCGUGAAGACUCUAACCACCAUCAUUCUCGUCCUCGUCCGCACUCCACUCCUUUAAUAUCGUAUUUUUUGCCUUCACCUCCACAUAAUCAUCACCAAUCACAUCCAGAUCCACACUUCCAUCCACCUCAUCAUCUGCCUCCACCACCACCACCAGCACCACAUCAUCUUUCAUUGCCUCCACCACCUCCUUCAUAUCACCACUCACCCAACUCAUUUCCUCCGCCAUUUGCUCCAUUUCAAUUCACUGAUCAAAUGAGUCACCAACAAAUGGGCGAAAGUUUCAACUCAACUUGGACGGACGCUUUUAUGCAGCCAACACAGCGAUUAGGCGUAAUUUAUGACGAUCUGUGA